CCAUCUUAACGAUACCCCCAGCUUUUUUUCUUCCCUCGACUCUUUACUCUGUACUCCCUUCACCGUUGAUGAUAGCGCCACGCCUCUAAUUCUAUUCUCCCUCUUUUACAAAGCAAAAUCAUCACACGCCCGACCGCGCUGCACGACACGCUGAACUCGUGGCAAACGCCGUGCAGUCAUCAGCAAAAUGUCUGCUCCGCAGCCUGGCGGCGGUCCUCCGUCUCACUCGCGCGGUAUGAGUGUGGGUAAUGCCCCUCCUGGCUCUAGCAUGCCGCCCCAGCAGAUGGCUGGACAAGCACCUGUGCAGCCAGUCGCGGGAGCGCCCCCUGGCACACCGCAAUCGCAGCAAAACCUUAAUCAUAUUGUCCUUGAAUACCUCAACAAGAAAGGUUACAACCGCACAGAGGCUAUGCUCCGGAAGGAAUCUGCCAAUCAGGAUGCAGAAGGACGCCCCAUCAUCAACAGGGCUGAAGACCGCGGUGGUGGGCAGUAUGAAAAGGCAUUUGACCUGCUUCGCGCCUGGAUCGAAGACAAUCUUGAGCUCUACAAAGUCGAACUACGCAGGCUCCUCUGGCCGGUCUUCGUAUACUCUUUCCUUAAUCUCGCAGCGGAUUUCUACCAGCGGGAUUGUGGUACCUUCUUUGAAAAAUACAAGGACAUGUUCGUGCGCGAGCAUGAGCAGGAUAUCCGCCAACUGACAAACAUCCGCCUACCGGAGCACGUGGUUGGCGGACACAUUGCUAAGAUCUACCGUGGAAACAAAUACCGCGUUACCCUCAGCAACAUGGCAUUCAACUCUCUCAUACAGUUCCUUGAGUCCAAGGACAAGGAGGGCGGUUCGGUCAUCAUUUCGAUCCUGAAUCAAUGGAUGAACAUCGUAACCGUAGAUCGUACCGCUGCAGGCAACGAGAGGAGUUUGGCAGCCAUAAUUGCCAAGGGUGGUGUUGAAGAUGACCUCCCCGCUGAAGACGAAGGCAUUCCUGGCCACAACCCCGGCUCCGCCAAUACCGAUCGCAAUGCCCCUCCAGUCCUCGCCAAACUUUCUUUGGGCCCGUUGCCAAUGGAACCAGAGCUUAUGGAGGAUGUCCGGGCUGAACUUCAAGAAGAAGACAUCAAGAACCCUCCUAAGCCAGGCAAGAGCUCUCUCGUCGAAGAAUUUGAACAGCGCAUCAAGCGCGAAUCAACGGAGGACGUACCGACUCGCGAAACGGUACCUCUACCGCCGUCACUGGCGCGCGACGUUUUGAUGGAAGUCCAGAAAGUCAAGGAGAACCGUGACAGGUUCAAGAUCGAGGGCCGUACUGGUGGUGUUGGCCCAGGCGUCAGCGUGUGCAUGUUCACCUUCCAUAACACUUUUGACGGUGUUAACUGCAUCGAUUUCUCUGGCGACAAUGAGCUCGUCGCGGCCGGUAUGCAGGAGUCAUACAUCCGUGUCUGGUCGAUGGAUGGCAAGGCUCUUCCCUCCCUGUUGCCUAACGACAAACCGUCGGCCUCUAAGCGCCUUAUUGGCCACUCCGCGCCUGUCUACGCUGUGUCAUUUUCUCCCGCCACUACCAACCCAGCUUCAGGCGGCGCAUCGACCCGCUCGAAAUACCUUUUGUCUUGCUCGGCUGACAAGACGAUCCGUCUCUGGUCGCUUGAGACUUGGACCUGCAUCGUAGCCUACAAAGGCCAUAGCGGCCCUAUCUGGGAUAUCAAGUGGGGACCUUUUGGUCACUACUUCCUUACCGGCUCACUCGACAGGACUGCGCGGCUGUGGACGACGGAUCACAUCGCACCCCACCGCCUCUAUGUUGGUCAUGACAACGAUGUUGAUUGUGUCGCUUGGCAUCCGAACGGCGCAUACCUCUUCACGGCGUCCUGUGACAAGACUGUCCGCAUGUGGCACAUAAACGGCAACCCGCUUCGCAUGUUCACUGGACAUACUUCCAACAUCACCGCAAUCGCCUGUUCGCCCAGUGGUAAGAAGCUCGCUAGCGCUGAUGACACGGGCAAUAUCAUUCUGUGGGACAUUGCUGCAGGUACGCGCGUUAAGCGCAUGCGCGGUCAUGGCAAGGGCGGCAUCUGGUCGUUGUCGUGGAGCGUUGAAUCGUCGGUCGUGGUCUCUGGCGGAGCCGAUGGUACCGUCCGUGUUUGGGACGUGCUGCAAGAAACUCCAGAGAGCGCGACUACGGCAAACGGCAAGAUCAUCGCCGAGGGCGGCGCAGGCACCAAGAUCGACGGAGCGGCGACGGGUGCUGGCGCAGCAGGCAAGAAGAAGGCGAAGGAUGUUGUGGUGACGGCGGAUCAAAUCAGCGCAUUCCCAACGAAGAAGAGCCCGGUCUACAAAGUCCAUUUCACGCGUAUGAAUUUGGUACUAGCGGGCGGCGCAUACAUGCCUUAGAGCGGAGAUGGGCCAAUGGGUGCUUGAAUCUGAUUUCCUGAGGGGCAAAGGCGUAAUGGAUAGUGGUUGGGGAUUUCCUUUCACAUUUUCUUGGCCAAGGACUGGCCGAUUACGGUUACCUUCCGGCUGGUCGCACAGGGCUGACAGGAUGCGAGACGAGGCCCUUCGCGGAGCCCAUGGUCUAGGGCUAAAAGGGUGCAGGCAAACAUGUACAGUAUGGUGCGACCUGGAUGGAUUGCAAAUUCACGACAAUGAUUGGUGC